GCGGAUUUAUACACGAUAGCCCUCAUUGUGCUUAACAAUUCAGUUUAUGUUAUGAUAUCUUAAGUUUUAAGCAUAUUCUGACAAAUUAUAUUUUUUGCAACACUUGUAAUAUAACAUAGUACUCUGUCUAUUCAAUACGAUGCAUUGUCGAAAUAAAUCCAGAGUUUACAAUACAUCAAUGUAUAUCGUCCAUCCCUAGAAUCUCGCGCCAAAAUUGUUGUUCUUGCCACUGUCAAUGUCAAAAUCAGGCGGAAUAAAUAACCUCUUCCAUUCACAGUUUUAUAUGGACGAAUUUGUGAUCAAAAAUAAGUUGAUCAAACAAACUAAAUAGGUGUUGUGAUAAAAUGUCUUCAUAUAUCUGAUUAACUUUUAAUUUUAAGUUAUAACUGCAACAAAGGAGCAGACUAUGGAAUCCACCGUUUCUGUUUCAAAGGGUGUGUUUGUCUUUAAUAAUAAAUUCAACAAAUCAAAACAAAGUAAAAAGAAGACAAAUCUUUUUGAGAAAGUCUUUACAAAUGAGCCAUGGUAUACAACAUACAAAUCUAAUUGGCAGUACAUAGAAAAUGAAAUACAGAAACUACAUGAAAGGACCUACAGUAUUCUCCUAAAUGACAUAGUGGAGUAUGUCAAGUCAUUUUACAACAAUACUGACUUUAAUACAUUGGAAGGAAUAAUUCCAAGUGCUACACUCUUGACAGGUGUUAAUCAGCCAGAUCACGCAUCUCAAUUCAUAGCUUUAAUAAAAAAAUUAAGGGAAGAUGUCACACCUCAUGUAGCGUUGGUGGAGUCACAAGAUGCAUCUACCUUGAAACAUUUAGUCGAAAAUGCUGUUUGGCAGUUAAUAAAUGGUUCAACAAAUAUGGAUGUUGGGAACAAUGAUAGUGAGUUUGGGCUUAGUCCCAAUAAAAAACUCAAAAAGAAUCAAUGUACCAUGAGAGUAUUACAAAAUUGGUACAGUACCACUUACACAAAUGCAUCACCAAAGAAGAAGAAAAAUACAAUUUCCAAUAGACUGUUAGUAAUAAUUAUACCAGAUUUCGAAAGUUUCAAUUGCAGUAUUCUUCAAGAUUUUGUUAUGAUUAUCAGUUCCUAUGUCUCGUCGUUACCCAUAGUAUUUGUGUUUGGAGUAGCAACUUCUGUCUCAGCGUUGCACAAGUCAUUCCCUUAUCAUGUAUCUUCAAAGCUGCUUAUAAAAGUCUUUCAUUCACAUUCAUCGCCUGUGUAUAUGAAUCAAGUACUUGAAGACAUAUUUCUAAGUCACACCAGCACCUUCCAUUUAUCUGGAAAAGCUUUUGAACUGUUAACAGAUGUGUUUUUAUUCUAUGAUUUUUCUGUGACUGGAUUAAUUCAAAGUAUAAAGUAUUGUAUGAUGGAUCAUUAUUACGGAGACAAUGUGAAGUCGUUAUGCUGUGAAAGGAAAAAGGUAGAGGAAGCAGUGAUGAAUCUAAGUGCAGAUGACCUAGAAACCAUCAGACGAUUGAUGUCGUUUCGACCGUUCGUUGAGGCACAACUAGAUUUUCAGACUAAAAUAGCACUUUUUGAGGAUGACGAUUUCUUUAGGGAAAUUCUUGUGAAGGAAAUUCAUAAGUUUCAUGAUUAUAUAUACACUUUUUAUCUGUGCGUUAGACUGCUGCUGUGUUAUGUUAAAGACAUUCCAAAAAAUAUACUGGGAAAGACAGUGCGGGAAGUUUACACAAAAUGUGCGGUAGAACCAAUCACAAGCACAGCAGCGUUUAGAGAAUGUAUGACGCUAAUCAAAUUUCAAUCGCAAGUCAAGCUAGCUGAUAGCAUAAAGGAUUCAUUGAAAUUAGUCAAUUCCAUGUUAAAAAUUGUGUCGCCUAUCAAACCUCUCAGGUCGACACCUACAAAAAAUAACGUGAACAACAUUGCCUUGCAAAAUGAUCUAGGAGAAAAUUUCCUCAAAACAGUGAGAAUACAUUUGCUGAUGUUCCUGAGACAAAUUGAACACGCCAAGACUGAGGCUACAAUUUUCUCGGAUGAUCACGAAGAAUUGGAGGACGAUGUCGAAAAUGUACCCGGCAAUAGAUACAAAUUAAAAGAGAAACUGCUCAAAGCGACAAGGGUGGAUAGAGUCCAAUCGGAGUUCGAAAUGAUUCGGAGCCGAUUCGUGAGUUACUUGGAGCAGGUAUUCACGAAGGGUUUGCGACCACCGCACUCGCAGACGUUCCACGAGAUAUUCUUCUUCAGCGACGUGGCUAAUGUCCGGAAGCAGAUAGUGGGCUCGCCUAGAGGGGCCCAACACACCGCCCUUAGUAAUCCCGUGCAUUAUUUACAGUGUUCGUGUUGCGUGCUGCCGUCUGCAGACUCCGUUUGCUGCAGUUUGCCGGAUGUGUGCGUCGCGUACAAACUGCACCGCGAGUGCGGCAAACACAUCAACCUGUACGACUGGCUGCAGGCUUUCGCGGCCGUAUUGAAGCCAGAGCAUGAGCAACGCGACAACGCGGGUGCCAUACAAGUACGUUUCACGCAUGCAGUGGCGGAGCUCCAGUUCCUUGGUUUUAUCAAAUCUUCAAAACGGAAGACUGAUCAUGUGAUGCGUUUAACUUGGUAGUGUGUUUGUAGAAAAUGUUAUGCAUUAUUAAAGUGUAUUUUUGACAAUUAUUUCAUUUCUUUUUUUUUCUUACUUAUUUAUGAGAGGUAGAGCAUACCAGAUUUUCCUUGUAUCCUUGUGGCCAUCCGGUCGGCUGCAGAAGGUGCGUUCCGCUUAGAUUAAAACAAAAAGGGAAGAUACGACACUCGCGGCUGAAAAGUGAUCCUCUUAAUAUUGUGGUACAUGACCACAUUUCGCUGUAGUCACAAUUGGACAUUCAAACACGCUGCAUGUGCAC